AUGGAGCCUGUUGGUUGUGGACAAUUUGUUUUUACAAGCAACAACACACAAAAAGAAUCUAAUCUUGCAUAUUUUUUAAAUGAAAAUUUGCAGCUUCAGGAAAAUAAACUUGUGCAAACUGCUUAUGAUCAUUCUAAACAUUUCACAGGUGAUGUGUUAUUAGAGUUUAACCUUAAUGUUCCCGAGAUUCAGAGUAGUAGUGAUGAGGAAAAAUAUCUUCUAUCUGAUCAACAUGAGAAGUUUCCAACAUUUAUUCAAAACCAGAGAGUUCCUAUUGGAGAAAAUUCUCAUAAAUGUAAUGAAUGUGGUAAAAUUUUUAAGUGUCAAUCAAGCCUUACUGUACAUCAGAGAAAACAUACUGGAGAGAAAACUUACCAAUGUAAAGAAUGUGGAAAAGUCUUUAGAUGGCAUUCUGGCCUGGCUAAACAUAAGAGAAACCAUACUGGAGAGAAACCUUACCAAUGUAAAGAAUGUGAAAAAGCCUUUGCAUGGAAGUUUGGCCUGAUUCGACAUCAAAGAAUACAUACUAGAGAGAAACCUUACCAAUGUAAAGAAUGUGAAAAAGCCUUUGCAUGGAAGUUUGGUCUGAUUCAACAUCAAAGAAUACAUACAGGAGAGAAAUCUUACCAAUGUAAAGUAUGUGGAAAAGCCUUUGCAAGGAUGUUUUACCUGGUUCGACAUCAGAAAAUACAUACUGUAGAGAAACCUGACAAAAGUAAAGGAUGUGGAAAAGCCUUUACAUGUUGGUUUGACCUGACCUGA